AUGUCCUCUCCCGACUAUAGAACUCACUUCUCCAUCGCCAACAUACCCUUUGGGGUCGCAUCGUCCGAAAGACACCCCCGUCCACAAUGCGUCACUCGAUUGGAGAAUACCGUCAUUUUCCUGGCUGAGCUUCAACGGUCGGGUGUCUUCGCCAAGAUUGAAAUGCCAGAAGGGAUUUUCGACAAGGAAACGCUGAAUGACUUCGCCACUCUGCCAAAGCUUACCCAGCGCGAGGUGAGGUAUGUACUACAGCAGGCGUUGAAAGACCCCCUACCGGCGGGUUUCACCGAGGACAUCAGCGCGGUCACUCUGCAUUUGCCAGUAUCAGUGGGUGGGUUUACGGACUUCUCGUGCAGUGUACACCAUGUCCGUAAUGCAGGCCGAAUCAUCAUCAAUGAUGAAUCGGUCCCACCUGGAUUUUUCAAUUUCCCAAUCGGAUACAACGGCCGCGCUAGUACGGUGUAUGUCUCGGGGACGCCAAUUGUUCGACCACGAGGCCAUUUCUUCGAUCGCUCUGCGUCCUCGGAGAAGAAGCCCAUCAUCUAUGGGCCCUCGCAAGCGAUAGACUACGAGCUGGAGAUCGGGGUUGUCGUAGGCAAGGGUAUACCCCGGCUGGAGGGACUGAAUGCCCGAGAGGCAGACGAACAUAUCUUUGGCAUGGUGAUUUUAAAUGACUGGAGCUCUCGUGAUAUUCAAGGUUGCGAGAUGGUACCACUAGGCCCCAUGAAUGGUAAGGCCUUUGGAACAAGCAUCUCUCCCUGGGUGAUCACCUUGGAAGCGUUGGAGCCUUUCAGAAUACCCGGCCCGAGGCCCGGGGUUGCACUGGCAAGUCAUCUCGAAGAUGUCAGCAGAUCGAGUUACGCAAUGGAUUUCAAGGUUGAGAUUCUCUCUGGUGGAAAGGAAACGACAGUGAGCGAGUCGAACGCGGUAAAUCUGCACUGGAGUGGACGCCAGAUGGCUGCUCAUCUGGCAAGUACGGGUGCCGACCUUCGCACUGGCGAUCUCUUGGGCACGGGGACUGUUAGCGGUCCCCAAAAAGCAAGCUUUGGCUGUCUCUUAGAAACAACAAAGGCUGGCAAGGAGCCCAUCACUCUCGUUGAUGGUUCGGAGAGAAAGUUUUUGCUGGAUGGUGACACGGUCCGCAUGACCGGUGUAGUUGGAGGCGCCAACUCCGGGGUAGGAUUUGGCGAAUGUGUCGGCCAGCUCUUGCCUGCAUUGGAUGCGUAG